CGAAGCACUGCGCAGGCGUUGUACAGACUAAACAAGGAAGAGGGCAUGAGUGCGGACGUUUUUAUUGCAACAAAAUGUUAUGUUUAUGUUCUAACUCCAGAUUUGAAAAGGCGGUAUCCCUCUUUCUAUUUUCAUUUGGUUGCAACAGUCGAGAGGAGCUGACAAACUGAUUAACACGUUCGUUGCAAGUUGACAACAGUGUAUCUGAAUAGGCAAGUGUCAUCAUUGUAGCAUUUCUCAAUAUGAAAUGAUACAAUGUACCGGCUGCCAAUGUAACAGAACAAUGCAACAGUUUUAGCAAGUCAUUUAAAGUAAAGAUGAACGCUCUCAGCAGUUUAAGACAAGGAAUACUUAACACUAAGGUCAGGUACUCCAAAUUAUCCAAUGAUGAUGACGGCUACAUUGACCUGCAGUUCAAAAAGAGCCCACCAAAGGUCCCAUACAAAGCCAUUGCACUGGCUACUGUCCUCUUCUUGAUUGGCUCUCUUUUGAUCACCAUUGGAGCCCUCCUAUUGGCAGGAUACUUUGAAGUCACACAUGCUGACCGGACUGUGCCCGUUCUCAUCAUUGGAAUCUUGGUUUUCCUUCCUGGAUUCUAUCACCUGCGGAUAGCUUACUAUGCAUCGAAGGGCUACCGUGGUUACUCCUACGAUGAUAUCCCAGACUUUGAUGACUGAGCCACUCCUAACUGAGGCAACUCCUUUGUUAUUUUCAUAUAACAUUGUUGAAUAGAGUAAACAGACUGGGAUCCAGGGUAGUCCUAAAGCACAUGUCCUUUUGAUGUUUAUGUUCAUCAUGAAAUGUCCAUUCACUUUUUGUUCUUUGACUGGAUUAUCACCAUACUUCAUUAUGAAUGACUACUAUAUUUAGAAAGGUUUGUGUUAUUGUUUCUAACAAAGAACAUGCACAUUUGUAUUUAUUUCAUGAAAUUGUUUGCUUUUUUGCUACAUAUGCAUACAUUUUGAAAGUUGACUCUUUGUUUUUCUGUUGAAAUGUCGCUUAUAUUUUCCUGGAGGGUUCCUGGUUUGAGUAUUUUAUGUGAUUUAUGCCAAUCCUAUGAUCUCCAUAUUGUGUGCUGCUAGGCCUGUGAGAGUCAAGAAGGAAAAGUAGUCACGCAACAAUAUAGUGUCUGGUGUAGUUUUCCUCUGGCUGAGUUUGAAAGGCAUUGUCACUUGCAAUGAAGUCUGUAGUGUAUCCAUAUAUUCAAUUUAAAGGCAUUUGUGGUUGAGCACCAGCUCCAAUAAAGACUGUAUCAUGAA